GUGUGUGUGUGUGUGUGUGACAGGAAGUAGUGGGUUGGUUUCCAGCGCCAGGCUGACAGCACACUCUGCACCGGAGAGCCGCUCUGAUCGCUCCUCUGCGCGCGGACCGAACCGAGCCGAGCCGAACCUCACAGGACCCUGUUGGAUCCGUCCCCGGAGGAGGGUGUUCUGGAGGCCCCCACCCCUGUCUCUGCUGGACCCGUCUCUCCGAGUCGAACGUUAGCUGAAUCCAACAUGGCYGACAGGAAGCUGAGCAGCUUUGGGUGGAGCUGGACGCUGGCGCUCGUUCUUUUAUGUAAUCUAACAAUGUGUCCAGUGAAGGCCAGCAUGGCCACUAACGGCAGCCAGCAGGAGACUGCCGACCCCAACGAUGCAGGAAUCACCAGGAACAAGAUCGUCACAGCUCAGUUUGAGUGCUACCAGAAGAUAAUGAAGGACAACACGCAGAGCAGAGAAGAGGCCAUGUGUAACCGCACCUGGGACGGCUGGUUGUGUUGGGAYGACACUAAAGCCGGAGUCGUCUCGGAGCAGCACUGCCCGGACUACUUCAUGGAUUUUGACCCUUCAGAAAUCGUCACAAAGAUUUGCACGGUCAGCGGUCAGUGGUUCCUGCACCCGGAGAGCAACCGGAUGUGGACCAACUACAGCCGCUGCAACGCGUACACAAAAGAGGGCAGAGUGACCGCCAUGAAUCUUUUCUACUUGGCUCUCAUAGGACACGGCCUGUCGCUCGUCUCACUCUUGGUCUCCCUCGCCAUUUUCUUUCACUUUAAAAGUUUGAGUUGCCAGAGGAUCACCCUGCACAAAAACCUCUUCCUGUCGUUCGUCCUGAACUCUGUGAUCACCAUCAUCUGGCUGACUGCCGUGGCCAACAACCAGGAGCUGGUGCAGAGGAACCCGACGAGCUGUAAAGUGUCCCAGUUCAUCCACCUGUACCUGUUCGGCUGUAAUUACUUCUGGAUGCUGUGUGAGGGGAUCUACCUGCACACGCUCAUCGUGGUGGCUGUGUUUGCUGAGAAGCAGCACUUGAUGUGGUAUUAUCUGCUGGGCUGGGGCUUUCCUCUCAUCCCUGCUUCCAUCCACGCCAUCGCUCGGAGCUACUACUACAACGACAACUGCUGGAUUAGCUCCAAGACRUCGCUGCUCUACAUCAUCCACGGCCCCAUAUGUGCUGCUCUGUUGGUGAAUCUGUUCUUUCUGCUGAACAUCGUGCGAGUCCUCAUCACCAAGCUGAAGGUGACCCACCAGGCUGARUCCAGCCUCUACAUGAAGGCGGUGCGGGCCACCCUCAUCCUGGUGCCGCUCCURGGGAUUCAGUACGUCCUGCUGCCCUACAAACCUGAAGGACGGGUCUCCUCUGAAAUCUACGACUACAUCAUGCACAUACUGAUGCACUACCAGGGCCUGCUUGUGGCGACCAUCUUCUGCUUUUUUAAUGGAGAAGUCCAAGCGGUCCUGAGGCGGCACUGGAACCAGUAUAACAUCCAGUUUGGCAACAGCAUAGGGAACCACUCGGACGCCAUGCGCUCGGCCUCCUACACGGCCUCCUCCUUCACGGAGGUGCAGGGCUGCUACAGCAUCGACGGCCACUCGGAGCACAUGAACGGGAAGAGCUUCCACGACGCCGACGCCUCCAUCUUGAAAUCGGACGGCCCCUUCGCCUGACGUCAGCGCCGACGCCGCGGCGCCUCGCCGGACUGCAGGAGGCGCUCGCCUCCGUCUCGUUCACAGACCUGCGAGGCGGGCUCGCUGCGACGCCGCCUCACCUGGACCCGAUCGGAUAAUCCCAAACCUCUCUGCCUGACAAACAAACAAACAAACAAACAAACAAACAAACAAACUGCUUGCUCCUCUUUGGCCUUAACGCUUCGCACAAAGGGCCUUCUGAUUACACUGUAAAACCUUUUGACGCGGUUAGUGCCAAAAAACCAAGAAAUGUUCCCUCCUUACUUUAUAUUCUCCACAAUAUAUCAUGUAGAUCAUAAUAUAUUAAAGCAUUUCAUGUAACAUAUAACAAAUAACACCAGACAGUAUUUAUUAAAACUGAUACGUCCUCUGAAAAGUAAGCAUUUUUACUUUGUUUUCUGUUUCUACACGUGUUUAAUGCAGCGGAGUCUGAAGACAAACUUUUGGAUGAACCCUUUAAAGCAGAAAAACUCGACGCACCCGUGUGUUCUUACUGCUGAAGAAUGUAAAAGAUCGAUGUGAAACACGAGAGUCACAUUCCCUGAAACCAGCRGGGCUUCAGCUCGGACAGGAUCGCUUGUUUUUAUAAUGCAGAUUAAGUGUGUUUUAGGAGUUUUGUAACAUUUUUUUAAUUUUUUUUGCACAAUCUGUGAUGAUACUCCCACAGUGUUUUACGUUUGGUGCCAAGCUGAAUUCUUCUUCAUUCAAAGGAAAAAAUUCAGCCAAAAAUCAAUCAUGUAUUUUAAAAAGUCUUUUAUUUUUUACAUUUAAAGCCAUCGAAACUUUGUUUUUCUUUUUAUUUAGCUACUUUUGCAGGUUAUUUCUCUCAUUAUUUGUCUUAAAUAGUUAAAACACU